AUGGCUAGCGGCAUGUCGAAAGCUGGCUAUCCCAGCUCCAACGAGGACACGUCUCACCACCAGCCCCGGGAUAUAGAUCAGCUCCUUCCCGACUUAGCAAGCAUAGACAGAUACCGCGAAUGGAGGCUCAAGCAAAUGGAGCAAGAGGCAGAGGAAGCACAACGCAUUCGCCACAACCCACCACGUCCAACCGCCGCCGAACUCAUCAAAGCGAUCCAAGAGACCGACUUUCUCAAUGAAAAAUCGCGCGAAAAGCUCUAUCACAAACUACACUGGAUCAAAGAUGGCGCACUCGAACUGGGAAUGCAUUGCGACUACCACUUCUGCCUGGUACCCGAUUGCUUUGACCAACUGAUGUACGAGGAUGAAGACGUGGACUGGGAUGUCGACGAUACACGCGAGUGGCCGGAACUCACAAAUAUACUUGGCAUCAACAUAUGGAAGGCAGCAUCCGAUGCCGAGACCGCAGGAGCCCAGCCCAAGGAUAUUGAGCCAGAUCAAUCUAGUGUCAAGAAUGAGUCCAGAGGCAACGACGCCACAGGCUUUGUGUUUAUGCAAAUGGGCCGGGUGUUCCGUCUCAAGGAUUGUGACGUGGAAAGUGACAAGAGAAGGGCCAAAAACAACGAAAAGCGGACGUCUUGGUCUGACUCUGACUUCGUCCUCGUCGUCGCUAUCGAGGAGAAUGGAAGAGCAGGAGCGCUGUGGUUGGUGUGUAACUUCAAUCCAGAAAAUGAGAUUGGAUGCGGUCGCAUCAAGCUCCCGCAAUCAUACCGGGACUGUGGCAAUACUUUGGGAGACUAUGUUCAGUACAAAGCUCUCAAGAUUGCGGAGAAUAUUGGGGAGCUCAAACAAGGCAAGGCAUGGGAUGUUACAAUGAAGUUUGGCAGCGAAUCUGACAUACAAAUCGUACCCGCCGUCUUUGAUGGAGAGGGGAAAGAGAAGAGGCUCUUGCGACACAAGGUUCGCAAGGAAGAGCUUACGGAAUGGCUUGAGGUCUAA